AUGACGGACAAAAAAAUAAAUGAAAGUAUAUGCUCGUCGGUUGGCAGUAGCAUAUUAUAUAAUAUGCUAUCAUGUGGAAAUGAAAAAAGUAAAAAGACUUUAAAUGAAAUAAAAGAGUUAAAAAAAAAAAGUAAAAAAAUUAUGGAAAAUGAAAUUAAAGAAUAUGAAAUAGUUCAUCAAUUAAUAAAUGAAAGAAUAGAAACAAUGCCAGAUAUAUCCUCCAAUUUUAAUGAUUCAAUAAAAAAUAUUAUAAAUUAUAGUCAUAAUAAUUUAUCACUUUCUAAUAUAUCUGAUAAUGAGAGUUGUAAAAAUAUAAGACACAGAAAUAAUUUCCUUGAAUUGCUUGAAGUAGAUGGAUCACUAUCUCUUCUAAACUAUAAUAAUAUCGUUGAUGAAUAUAGUGACAAGUCUAUUGAAGAUUAUACUCUUAAUUAUAAAAAUCAGUCACAAAAAUUAUUGAUAAAUAGUAGUCGCUUAGUUAGUGACACUAAUGAGGAAAGUGAAAGUAAAACCACCAGUUUGCUUCCUGUACAAGAAGAAGAACAAAAUAAAAACAAUGAUUGUGUUGAAAAAGUUGAGAGUGCAAACAUUGAAGAGGAGAAUAACUUAAGCAUGUCAAAAUUAAAAAGUAAAAUGGAGCAACAUAAAUUAUCACGUUCAUAUGAUAAUAAGUAUAAUGUAGAUAAAAAAAACAGUUUGAAUAAAUGUGAUAGUCAAAAUAAGUUUUAUUUUUAUAGCGAGCCUAAGAAUAAUGUAGUAGGACAAGAUGGAAGAAUAUAUUCCGAAUAUUUUAAUAAAUCUAAAAAUGAUCAAGAUGAAAAAAGUAAGCAAAAAAUAUCAAGAACAGUUAAUAUACCUAUUAAUGUAAUGAAAAAGGAUAAAAACAAUUUACUAAACAUACCAAGUAGACAUUUUGAAAAUAUAAAUUAUACAAUAAUAGAUAGAUGCUCAUAUAUUACAAAAAAUGUGAAUAAUGCUAAAACGAUUGUUUUAAAAUUUUCAAAAUUAUAUAUUGGAAGUGAUGAGAAUAGUAUAAAAACUUUAUAUUCUUUGAAUGAAAAAAUAAAAAAUUAUGAAAAAAUUUACGCAUGCUUUUGUAUUCCUAUAGGAUAUGAAAAUGAGAUAAUUGGCAAUAAAACAAAAGAGGGAAAACGAGGAGCCAGUUUGACUUCCAACAUUUUCAAAGAAAAAGUUGAAAAAGUUGAAAAAGUUGAAAAAUCUGAAAAAGUUGAAAAAUCUGAAAAAUCUGAAGAUGCAAACAAAAAAGUUGUAAAAAUAAACCUAUCGAAUAGUGAUCGAAGUAAAUAUAGACACCUAACCGAAUUUUAUAAAAAUAAAAAAUAUAUUGAAAAGAGAAAGAAAAUUUACCAUAGUUUUUAUAUUGAGAGUAAACAAAUAAAUAAAGAUUGUAUCGAUUUUUUUUAUGAAAUAUAUUUUAGUGUUGAUAAAGAAGUUUUGAAAAAUAUAGAGUAUGGCUCCCUUUUGAUUUGUGGUGAAAAUGUUAGUAAUAUAAAAACUAACGAUGAAAAAAAUGUACAAGAUAAAGAUGUAAACUUGUUUGGCUACCCUUUUUCUUUACCAAGCAAUUGUGAAAUAUUAGGUUUUUCAAAAAUACCAGUAAUGCAAAUUUCAAACGUAAAAAUUAGAGUCAAAGAAAUGGGAAUCAAAAGUUCAGACUCAGAAAGUGUUAGUAACAAACCCGUUUUUUUAUUCUACACACGUGUAAGUAUAUUGAAAAUAAAAAACGGUAUGGAAAAAUGUUUGACAAGCUCUACUUUUGAGAGAAUUGAAAUGAACGAGACUUGUGUGAAGGACCCAAAUGAAGACUACUCUAAACCAGAUAGUGAUAAUUGUAAAAGUGAAAAUGAUAAUAAUUUAGAUAAGCUCAACAUUUUAAGCAUAAACAAUAAUUAUGAAAAAACAGAUAAAGAGUCUGAAAAUGUUACAUUACAAGAGAUCGAAAUAAAGGAACAGAAAAAUGAUAGUAGCAUAAAAGAAUGUAAUAAUAUGAAAAUGAAAGAUAAUGAAAUAUUGUAUAUAUAUAUUGAUAAAAUUGUAAAUUUAUCUGGUUGUCCAUUUGGUAAUCUCUCUAUUUGUGUUCGAUUAUUUAAGGAUGAAAAAUAUUUUUACAAAAAUUUUAGUAUAGAUAAUGAAAAAAAAAUGUGUAUAUUAUUAUUUUCAAAAAGGGAACUGGUAAAUAUUACUGAGAUAAUUUUUGAAAUAUGGGAUAAUUCAUUGGUAAGAGAAAAAAAUAUUUUAGAACCUGAGGAAAUAGAAGGAGACUGUUUAGGGAUUAUAAAAACAGAUGUAACAGAUUUAAAAAAUAAUAAAAAUAUAACAUAUGUUGAAAAAAAUCUUGAACUUAAUUACAAAUUUUGUAACGAUAAUGUAAAUUUUAUAUUUAGUAUGAUCAUGGUUAGAGGGAUAAAAAAUAUGUAUGAAAAUAUUAUGAACUUUUCUUUAGACUAUUUUGAAAAUGUAAAGAAGUGUUUAUAUGUUAAUAAUGAGGUGACAAACGGUUUUGUUUCCCCACAGGGACAAGAUGAGACUGUUUCAUUGAAUCAGUCAGAAAAUUUGACAAAAACAAAUAGUGCAAACAAUAUUGGCAUUUAUGAAAUAUAUAGAGAAAUUCUUAGGAGAGAUAUACGGGGUAAUGAAAUAAUUGAAAAUAUUUUAAAUAAAAAUAAAACUUUUGAAAAUGGUUCAAAAUUUGGGGAGAAAAAAAAAGAGAGAGAGUCUAGUUAUCCUUUGAAAGGGACUGAUAAGAUGGGUAGUAAUAAAGAUAUAGAUUAUUUUUCUAAUUUAAAAGGUGAUGAAAACAAUGUUGAAGCGGUGCUAUAUAAAGAUGAAAAUGGAAAAAGUAUUUACAUAAACAAAGAGUGUAUUCAAGAAGAAUUAUUUCUUGUUGGGGUGAAUAAAAAAAUUGUUGACUUAAUAAUUGAUGAUAUAGAGAAUAGUAAUUAUUUUAUUAAUGAAAGUAAUUCAAAAUAUAUUUUAAAAAAUAAUUUUGAAGAAUAUAUAAAUAAAAUACAUAAUAAAUGGGAGAAGUUAUCAAAUAAAUUAUUUUUAAAAAAUAAUAAAAAUAUGACACUUAAUGAUGUGUGUGAAUAUUUAGACAGUUUAUAUAUCGAUGAUGAUAAUUAUUUAUCUAAAGAUGAAUUUUUUUUAUUUUUUCAAGAAGUUGGUAUAGUUUUUGUAGAUCUAUUAAUAUUUGAUGAAUUAUGUUUAUUAUUUUUUGACAAUAAAAAAGAAAAAAUAAAUUUUUCUCUUUUUUCUUUAUUAAUUAUAAAAAAAGGAAUAAAUGAAACAAAAAAUUUAUUAUAUGGAUAUGAUAUAUUAGUAAGAUUUUUUGAUUUUUUAAAAAUUAAUAAUAUAACUAUUGAAUAUUUAGAGAAUGAAAUAUUUAAAAUAAUGUUACAAAAUAAUUAUUAUUCUGAACGAGUCAGAAAAUAUAUGUCAUCACAAACUAUGAGUAGUAUAUCACCAAAUAUUAAAAAUAAAGAUGCAAAUGAAAAGUUAGCAACAUUUUUAAAAGAUAAAGAUAAUAUAUGUUCUUGUACAUCCUUACUUUUUUUACACUCUUUACAAUUUAUUUUAAAUAAAUAUAAUAAUCAAAACUUUUCAGCAUAUGAAUUAUUUUUUCUUGUUAAAUAUAUUAUGCAUAGUCAAUAUAAAUAUAUUUCACCUGAUAUGCAUGUAUUUAUAAAUGAAAUAAAAGGUAUUGAAAAAGUAAAUAUAACAUUUUUCCUUUGUCUAUAUUAUAUAUAUUCACACCAAAGUAGAGACACCGAAAAUGGAUGUUUAGCUGAGUCUACAAAAGAUGACCCUAUAGCUUGUUCCGAAAUAAAUAGACAGUUUGCAUAUUGGAAAGAAGAAAAAGUGAUAGAUACUGAAAAGGAAAACAAUCUAAAUUGUAUUCAUGAUGAAAGUAAAAACAGUUUAGAAAAUGAAGAACAAGAAUAUAAGAGUGACCCUGCUCUGACUCUAUCUAUGUUAGAAAGUAAGCAAAACGAUUAUAAGACAGAUCAAGAAUAUUUCCCUAUAACAAAUAAUAAUGACAUAGAUUACAAACUGAUAGAUGAUUCAUCAGAAAAUGAAAGAAGCCAUAAUAAAGAAACAUCAAAUAGUCUAAACUUUAAAAAGCGGUAUGAUACUAAAGAUGUAGAUACUGUUUCAAAAUGGAAAGACACAGAUGAUGAGUCAAACAUAAUGCAAGUCUAUAAAAGGGAAUACGCUAUGAACCACCAAAAUACGUUUCCCCAUAAAAUUAUUAACAUACCAAACAGGAGGGACAUAAAAAAUGGAAAAAAAAAUUGUUUAAUAAUUUUGUAUAGUAGGAUAGUGAGUGGGUUUGUUAGUAUUGAAUAUGUAGGAGAAUGUUUGCAAAGUUAUUAUGAAAAAAGUAGUAAAGAUAAAAAAAAAAAAUUUUUUGAUAUACUGUACUUGCUGGAUAAACUUGGAAUAUAUACCUCGAUAGAUAUUGGAAUAAAUUUAUUAAAAUGGUAUGAAAAAGAAAUUAAUGAGAUUGAAAAGAAAGCUAAUUAUAAUAGUAGCAAGAUUAGAAGAGUAUCUAAAUUAAUUUCAAUAAAUAAUUAUAGUACGAAAAAACAUAUAAGUAUGAUAAAUAAAAUUAUUGCUAAAUAUAGUGAAGAUGAGGAUGUGAUGGGAAAUACAUUUUCAGGAUCAGUAUUAGAAAACUUUUUUAAACUAUUAAAAGAAAGAAAUAUAAAUAUAAAAAUUUUUUCAAAGAAUUUAAUUUUUUCUUAUACAGAUUUUUAUAAACAAAUAGAGAAACUAAAUUUAGAUUUUUCAAAAAAUUAUAUACGUCUAUUAUUUUGUAAUUUAUUGUCUUAUGAUUUAUCUACAUUUGAUAGUAUAAAUAAUAAACUCAUUUUUUUUGAUUCUAUACAAUCUUUUUGGAAUAAUUGGAAUAAAAUUCAUUUUCAAUUUUGUUACAUGACUGAUAAUAAUUUAUCUGAUGAAUUAAGUUGUGAUAAAAAAAAUAAUUUUGAUGGGCUUCUUCAAAAUGUAAAAGAUAAAAGAAAAGAAUUGAAUCUGCAUUAUAAAGGGGAAGAUAAAUAUGAGCAAACAAAAAAUAUAUUACAUUGGGAUACUAAUAAUCAAGACAGAAUGAAGAAUUAUCCAAUUUCUUUUGUAGGAAAUAAAAAAAAACGAUCUACCAGUGUUGUGAAAAAGAGUAUAAAAUAUGAUUAUUUUUUUCUUCCUUUAUAUAGUAUUUUUUUUUAUUUUUCAAAUAAUGGAUAUUUGUCUGGUGAAGAAUUAAUAAAGAAUUUUUUUUUGAAAAUUUUUCAAUUUGAAAUUAGUUAUAUAAACAUAAAUGAUUACACAAAUAAGUACUACACAUUUUAUGAUUUUUAUGAGCUCUUAAAAGAAUCAAAUUUAUUAUCUAAUUAUCAUCAAAAUGAGGAUAUUUUUUUUAGAAAAGAUUUUUUAAGACUUAUUAUUUUAGUGAAUCAUAUGUAUUCUAAACAAAGAGAAAAAUUAUUAACAAAAAAUAUUAAGACAGAUUCAGAAUCAAAUGAAGAUGAAAUAAAAUUUUGUAUAAAUUUUGAUGAGAUAGUACAAAAAAAUAUGAAUACCUUUUCUUCGAAUUUUAAAAAAAGCUUAAAUUCUAUAAAAGAAAAUAUAUAUAAAUUAAAAACCGAUUUUUCUAAUGAUUCUACAUCUUUAUUUGAUGCAUAUAAUGAAAUAUUUGAUAUAUGCCGAGUAAUUAAAACAAAUACAAAUUAUAAAAAUGAAGACACAGAUUCGAGUAUUAUCUUAACAAACAAUAAAGAGGAUAUACUAAAAGAUAGAAAUAAACUAUUAUUAAAUUAUUUUAAAAAAUGUAAAUAUACAAUUAAAUAUAUUAGGGAAUAUUUUUAUCUAUUUGUUUUAUGUGACAAAAUAAUGAGUCAUAAAAAGACUGAAAAUUGUAAUGUACUUACAAAAGUAGAGAAUAAAAAUAUGAUAAGAAUUUCUUUUAAAAAUUCUGAUUCUAUAGCAUAUCAAAAAAAGUUGAAAUCUCGUCAGUUGGAAAAAAUGAAAACAAAAAUGUAUCCCAAAACACAGAGACAAGUAAAUAUAUUACAUAAUAAAAAUGAUGAAAACCGUUAUAGUAAUAUAAAAAUUACCGAUUUUCCAUUUUUAUAUGAAGAAGUUUUUAUAUGUCACAAAGAAAAAGAAUUUGAAAAAGAAGAAUAUGCAUUUAUGGUAUAUCCAUAUAUAUUAUUAUUAUGUGAUUUUGUGAAAAGAAUUAUAAGUAUAUAUAAAAAAAAAAAUGUGUAUUCAAAUUAUAUACGUAAAUUAUUUCAUUUUAAUAAUUAUGACAAGCCAAAUAAAAGAUUUUAUUUUAUGCACAAUGUUGAAAAUAUUAUGACCAGGUCAGGUAGUUUUGAUUUAAAAGAAUGGAAUAAAAUUUAUACUAUAUUUGAAUUGCUAGACAUAAAAAUUGAUGAAUUUUUUUUAAAUUUAUGUAAUAUAUUAGAACAAAACAGAUAUAUAAUCACACUUUUCAAUGGUAUAACUAUAUUUAAUUGUUCUGAAAGUACAUUAUUUGAUAUUGUGUCUUGUAGUAAUAUGAAAAAUGUUAGUAGAAAUAGUAAAUCACAUGAAUGUGAUAAUGAGCUAGCCAUUGGGUUUGAAAAAAAUGAGAGAAAAAAAAAAAUGGAUAUAUUUAUUAAAAAUACAAUGUAUUAUAUGUCAUUUAACAAAUUAAUAUUAAACGAUUUAGAUGAAAAUGAUCAAGAAUAUAUGCAUAGACAUAUUAUCAAAAAUAAAAAUUACAUAAAUUAUAUGACACACAUGUAUGUAAGAAUGGUAUUUAAUGAAUGUAUAUCCUCUGGUUUAAAUAUAAAUAAAUUAUUUCAAAAUAUAAAAACAAGAAAUUCUUUUAUAAAUAUUUUAUCUAAACAUUUUAAUCAUAUAUUUUCAGAAUUUGAUAUAGAUAUAUUUACAAAAAAGUAUUCAUAUGUUUUUGAUAUGACUUCUAUCCAUUUAAGUUUGUAUAAUAAUUUUAUUUUUCACAAAGAUUUCAUAAAAGACAUGUACAAGCAAGGUGAUUAUUACACUAGCUAUUUGAAAAAUAAAUUAUUAAAUUUUUUUUUAAAAAAUAAACAUAUUUUUUCCCUGAAAAGGUAUAAAGAAGCAGAAACAAGAGAAGAAAAUGAAACAAGUAAUAAUGAUAAUAUAAUUAAAAUAAAGAAAGACGAAGCAGAUUAUUUAAUACCUAGUAUUGAUUUAAAAAAUAUAUUAUCAUGUCAUGGUAUAUUUUUAUCUUGGGCUGAAUUAUACGAUUUUUUUCACCCUUUAAAUAAAUAUUGUAUUAUUCAAGAAAAUGGGAAAAAGGAAAAUAACACAUCAAGUAGAGAAAAUUAUAAAGAUAGUUUAGACAAUUCAAAAAAUGAUGAAAAAUUAAAUCCAUAUAUUUUAAAAGCCCAUAUAAAUUUUUCUAACUUAUUAAUAAUUGCUGAGAAAGUGUGCAAAGAAGAAAUAAAAAAUAAAGACUCUUUUUCAUUAAAUAAUAAUCAUAAGCUAAUAGACAUAUAUAGUGACAAUGAAGAAAAGAUAUUAUCUGAUCAAAGUGUUUGUAGUAUGAAUAAAAAAGGAAAACCCUUUUUAAAACAAACAAAAGAUAAUAUUUUACAAGAGAAUCUGUUACAUAAAGAUAGUGAUGUAAGCAUAAAAAGUAAGGAGGUACAACAUCAAAACAUUUUAAACAUCAAAAGUAGUGAAAAAAAAGCAGAAAGAAGAUAUGAAAAUGAUAAUAAAAUGGUGACAUAUAAAAAAGACGGAGUUUUAAAAGUUAAAAGAAAAUUCACAAAUUUAGAAUAUAAUAUUGGAAAUUCAGAAAAUAAUGGAUAUUAUUAUAAUAUCAGUUUCAAUAUAUUAACUUUAGAGAGAGUAUUAUAUUUAUUAUUUAUAAAAGUAAGUAAUUUAUUAGUAAAAAAAAAUUUAAAAUAUGAGCAGAUAUAUUUUGGUAUAAAGAAUGUAAAAGAAAAAGAUAUAAAAAAAAAAGAAAUGAAAAAUGCAUGUUCAUUAUUAUUAAAUUUUAAUGCUGAAGAGUUAGAAAAUAUUAUUCCCGAUGAUUUUAUUUUAUAUGAGCAGGAUUUCAAAAAAGGAAUAUUUAUAAAUAUUCAUAUAUUAAAAGAAGAAUAUAAUAAUUUAUUUCCAAAAAUUGGUAAAAAAAAAAACACAUUAGAAAUUCCUGUUGAUGAGUUUAUUUCUUUUUUUGAUAAAAAAAGUAAUAGUGUUAUAUUUUCAAAUUAUAAUUUUGUUUAUAAUUUUUCAUAUGAAUGGAUAAAUUUUAUGAGCAUUAAAAAUGAAUAUGUAAAAAGAAAUAAUUGUGAUGAAUUAAUAAAGAAGUUUUCAGCAUAUGAAGAAGUAGAUCAAAUUUUAGACAAACUUCAAAAAAAUAAAUCAACUAAUUUUUCCAUUGAAUUAGACAACACUUCUAUUGGUAAUACAUUUGGUGAUCGUCUAUCAAAAAAAAAAACAAUCGAAUUAUUUGAAAAAAAUAUAAAAGGUUUAAAAUGGAAAAAGAUUUUACUUCCUAUAUUUGAGGCAACAAAAUUUUAUGCUCAUACUUUUCAAAUAGUACUAGGUGAAUUUACGGGAGUUAGAAAGUUUGUAUCAAGUGUUGAUAAAAAAUGUAGUGACAUGCCAAGUUCUGUAAAUUACGAUGUAAAUGGAAAUCAAAUUAAGAGCAUAGAUUAUAGCCAUUUUAAGUUAUCCUACUUUUGUUGCUUCGGAAUGGAAGAGAUUGUUAUUGACAAUGUGUUUAGUCAGGAUUGUUCAGAAAAAGAUAAUAAUGUAUUUUUUGUAAAUUAUUUAUUUGAACAUAAUUUUUCAACAAUUAAUGAAAUGGAUAUAAUAAAUUUAUUUGAAAAAAAUAAAAAUAUAUUAAAAUUAAAAUUAUUAUAUAAAGACAAAGUUAUUUCCGAAGCAACUUUACAUAUAUUAGAAUUUUUCUCAGUAAUUAAUAAUAAAAAGAAAAAUGAAAAAAAAACAUUAUGUUUUAUAUCUAAUAAUAAAGAUGAUAGAGAUAUUCUAUUUUUAGAUCUAGACAUACAUUAUGAAUCAAAAAUGAAAGAAUCCUCAUCAAGUUCGAUAAAUUUUGGUACUGUUCAUGGGAAGGUUUUUAAAAAUUGUCAUACCAACAUCGAUAUAGCAAGUUUGUCACUUUCUACAUUAAAAAAGGAUUUAAAGAAUGUAGAUAAUGUAAAGAAGUUCGAACCGAGUUCAAUCACUAGCAUGCUGAAGAAUGAAAACAAUUUAGUACCUUCAGAAAAAACAAAAGAGUUUUCUAAUCAAAAUAAAGGAGAUGGUAUUUUUAAUUAUAGUUGGGAAUAUGUGUUGACAAAAAACGGGAAGAAUGUAUCACCAUUAGGAAAUGCAAACUUGAAAAGGGAGAAGCAUGUACAAGAUAUGAUAAAGUUAGAGGAGUGUAAAAAGGAAUCAACAGAUGUAAACUUUGUGAAUGUAUCUAUUACUGAUCUGGUUAUACCAAUGAAUUUUAUAAAAUUUGUAAAGAAUAAGUUUUAUGAAGAUAAAGAGAAAGGGAAGGGAAAAAGUGAUGAUGUAUUUAUUUCUAUAUAUGUACAAAUUUAUAAAAAAAAUAAUAAUUCAGAAUUUAAACUUCUUUCUUCGUCUAUUCCUAGCAUUAUAAAUAAUUCUACAAGUUAUGGAAAUACAAAAUUAAUAAAUAUAAACAAAAUGGAUAAAGAAAAAAAUGAUAAAUCUGAUUCUGGUAGUAAUAUAAAUGAAAAUAAAAUAUUAGAUAAAACUGUUUAUUCAGAGAAAGAUGGGCAAAAGACAGACGGAAAUUUAUCAAUGGGUAAGGAAAGAAAAAGUAUAAGAACAAAUUUAAUUAAUAAAAAAAAAGGAAAACAUUUUAAAAUAAAUAUGAUAAAUAAAUAUUUAAAUAUUUGUAAUAUAAAAAUUAAACAUAAUGAAAUUAUUGAAAUAGCUGAUUUAUAUAUUGAAGGAAAAAUUGUGGUUCGAGCUUUAAUUUCAUUUAGUUAUUAUUCAGAAGAUAUAAUAUUAGGGGAACAUUUUUUUAAAAUAAAAAAUAUGAUAUACCAAAAUAGAAAUAUUAAUUAUUGUGCUGAACGUUUAUUUUAUCCGAUGUUAGAAUCGUGGUUUAUAUCAAACGUGGAAGAAAAUAAAGAAGCAACCACCUUAUGUAAUAAUGAAACAGUCAACAUAUGUAAUAAUGAAACAGCCAACAUAUGUAAUAAUGAAAAUAAUAACAAAUUGAACGAUAGUAAGAAUGUUUGCACUUGUAGAGAUAAUAGUAAGGGUAAAGAAAAUAAGGAUUUAAAAAUGUGUGAGUCAUGUUCAAAAAAUAUUAUGGGAUAUAUUUCCUAUCAAUAUGAAAUAGGGAAAGAAAACAUAUUUAAAGAGAGGCAGAAAAUGACCAGAUUAAUGCUUCCGAAUUUUGUCAAAUUAUACUUUACAAAUAAGCAUGAUAAAAAUGUUGAAAAUUAUGAGCAUGUUGAAAAUGGUGAGCAUGAUUCCCUCCUUGCAAACUCCAUUUAUGAUCGCAUGUUUAGUGAUGUAAUAAAAAAUGCAAAAUAUAGAAAUUUUGUAAAUUUAAAAAUGUUUUUAAAUUUGUUGGAAAAUUGUAAAUAUAGUAAUUAUGUAGAAUAUUUUAGAGAAUAUUUUUCUUAUUUUAUAAAUUAUAAUAAUUCAUUAUAUUUUUCUUUAAAGAAUAUAUUAAUAAUAUUAGCAAUUAAAGAGUUGUCUUGUAAUUUUAUUCAUUUUGUUCAAUAUUUUUCUCAAGACAUAUAUAAAUAUAUUUUUAAUGUUAGUGAAGUGGGAAUAGUACAAUCAGCUUAUUUUAUAAAUUGUGUUUUAAAAUCUCAGAAUCAUGUUACAAAAAUUAAGGAAUAUGAAAAUAUAGUAAAUAAAAAAAUAGAAAACAAUGAGAACAUGUUUGAAAGUAAGCAUGAUAAAACAAUUGGAGAUUCAUUAUCUUCUGAUAUGUAUGUAAGUAGUGAUUUAAGUUUUACAUCUAAAAAAGAAUCUGAAAUAAAAAAGAAAAAAGAAAAAAUUGGAUUAAGUGAAAAUGAUUGGUGUAUGAUACAUAAUUGGAAAAAAUGGCUAGUUCAAUAUGAAAAAAAAAAAAAAUUUUUUUUUCUUUAUCUUUUUUUAAAUGAUAUAAUUUCAUUUUAUAAAGAAAAUAAGAAUGAAAAAAAACAAAAACAAAGACAUGCCUUUUCUUUGAUGUAUGACAAUUGUAUUAAUGUGAUUAAAAAGUCGCCUAUUUUUAAAAAAGAAGAUACGCAAAAUUUGCCAAAUCAAAAUGUAAUAAAUAAUAUGGAAAGUGAUGUGAAAAAAGAAAAUGACGACACUUCAAAUGGAAACAUAAAUGGGAACAUAAAUGGGAACAUAAAUGCAAACAUAAAUGCAAGCAUAAAUCCAAACAUAAUGAGCAAACUGUUUGAUGAAAUAAAAAUGGAGGAUGAAAUGCACACAAGAGAUAUAAACAAGGAUGAUGUGGACGUACAGAAUAUAAGUAAGUUUCCAUAUUUUGCUAACAUUAAAAAUAAUGUUGAGACUGACAUAAGAAUUAAUGAAAAUAUUGAAGGUAGACACGGACUAAAUAAUUUGAAUAACUUAUUUUAUGAAAGCAAAACAAAUUUGUACAAAUACAAUAACAUAAAAAAUGAUCACCUAAAUAAAUGGGACAUUUUUAAAGACCAAAUUAAUAAUAAUGAUUUUGUAAGAAACGAAAAAAAAUGCAAACUUAUAAAAAACUCAAAUUAUUACACUAACAAUAAUAAUAAUAAUGAUGAUGAUUCUUUGAAAAGUGAUAAAAAUAUGAACGUUUUAAAAUAUGUAAAGUCAGAUAGUAAAUAUAAAAUAUAUCUAAAAUUGAAACGAAUUAGAUAUUCAUUCCCUCUUAUAAAUAACAAGAAGAUAAAUAUAUAUUUAACAUUUCAAAUUGUUUUAAAUAAUUAUAAGUUGCUAAAUAAAAAUGGAAUAUUCCCAUAUAUUUUAAAUAACGAUGAAAAUAAUUAUAUAGUAAAUAAAGUUCAAGAAAAAAGUUCGAUUUUUUUUUGUGAUAAUUAUUUUGCUUUUAAACAUUCUUCAAUAUUGCUAUUACCAAGUAUUAGUGAACUUAGAUCUAUAUUUACAAAAAAUAAUGACUCAACAUAUCUUUAUGAUUUAAAAUUUUAUUUAAAAAAUUUUUCUGUACAAAUAUGUUUUUAUAAAGCAGAUGAGAAUACAAUAAAUGAUUUAAAUUUCAAUUAUUUGGAAGAUGGGGAUUCAAUUCAAAACCAUCUUUAUAAUGCAAGUAAGUAUUUAAAAAAUAAACAAAACAAAAUAGAUCUAAUUAAUAGUCAGAUAAAUAAUGUAGGAAAGUAUAAGAACAUGUUAGUAAGUACAACCUAUAAAGAUGAAAUGUUGAUAGCUAAAUCUGUUAUUCCUUUGUCUAUUCUUUUAAAGAAAAAAAAAAUAAAAGUUCAUGUGCCUUUAGUUUUUUCACCUUUUGUUACGUCGCAUGUUAAUAAAAAUGAAAUUGAAGUUAUACUAAAAUAUGAAACAAAAAGUGAAAAAAAAUAUGAUGAAAAAGAGUUUGAAAAAAAAUAUUUACGCCAUUUUAAUAGUAAUGCCAAUUACUCAAGACAUUAUCAUAACUUAUCCAACUCAUCAAAUACGAUGCAAGAAAUGGAUAGCAAUAAUUUUUUUGAUAUCCCUUAUGUACCUAGACUUAAAAAUACAAAAGUCAAUUUAACUAAAGAUAGAAAGUUUGAUCUUACUAAAAAUAUGAGUUUAAAAAAUAAAUCUAAACAUUACAUAUAUGAUGAAGCAAACAAUCUUGUUGAUGCUUCGAAUAUUCCUCUUAUGGUAGUUCCAAAAGUCCCACCACCAAUAUUAUAA